GUAAUCCACUGCUCGGGCCAACUCCCCAUCGACCCAAACACAGGCAGGCUAGCGGCAGGAUGUAUCCAAGCCCGCGCAGCGCAGAUCCUCCUAAAUCUCAAUACAAUUCUCACCGCCGCCGGCUCGAGCCUAGACUGUGUGAUCAAACUCAGCAUCUUCUUGACCGACAUGCGGGAUUGGGGUGCUGCGAACGCUGUGUUGGAGUCGGCAUUUAUGGACACCAAGCCGGUCUGCACGUGUGUAGCAGUCGAGGAUCUGCCGGGGGGUAGUGACCUGGAAGUGGAAUGCUCUGCUCUA